AGGCAGACACCACAGCAGCCAGGAGAAAGGAGCAUUCUGAGGAGAGUCUGCAGUCUGGGAGCUCAUGAUGGUCCUGAGCGGCGCUCUGUGCUUCAGAAUGAAGGAUGCUGCACUGAAGGUGCUUUAUCUGCAUGAUAACCAGCUUCUAGCCGGAGGGCUGCAAGCAGGGAAGGUCAUUAAAGGUGAGGAGAUCAGUGUUGUCCCCAAUCGGUUUCUGGAUGCCAACCUCUCUCCAGUCAUCCUGGGUGUCCAGGGAGGGAGCCAGUGCCUGUCGUGUGAGAUGGAGCAGGAACCCACUCUGAAACUGGAGCCAGUGAACAUCAUGGAGCUCUACCUUGGUGCCAAGGAAGCCAAGAGCUUCACUUUCUACCGGCGGGACACAGGGCUCACCUCCAGCUUCGAGUCGGCUGCCUACCCAGGCUGGUUCCUCUGCACGGUGCCCGAGGCAGACCAGCCUCUCAGACUCACCCAGCUCCCUGAGGAUGCCGGUUGGGAUGACCCCAUCACGGACUUCUAUUUCCAGCAGUGUGACUAGGGAGGAUGCCCCCCAAAAGCUCCCUGUGCAGGGCCAGCUC